UUUCUACUUUCAGAUUUGUGUUCAAAUAGUGUUUACUGUUUGUAGUUUGUUUCUUCAAUGGUGUCAACAACAAUUGGAUGUUUGUAGUUUGGUCAGUUAAGUGGUGUAUCCUUGGUGGAGGCUGUCCUGGUCUUGUGUAUUGUUAGGUUCUAUUCGUCAGCAAAGAGAUGGAUCAGUUAAAAGUGGCAAUCCGAGUGCGUCCUCUGUUACAAAAUGAAAUUGACAAGGGGUUGACGAGCCGAUGGAUAACUUCUGAGGCCACCAUUAGACCCGAAGGCUCAUCAGGCCCCGAAUAUGCCUUUGACCAUGUGUACAAUGAAAAAGUGUCGAAUUUGAAGAUAUACAAGGAGAUGACACACAACAUGGUACAACGGGCCAUGGAAGGCUUUCACGGAACCCUUUUCACCUAUGGACAAUCCGGCUCCGGAAAGACCUUCACCAUUGAUUCUCUCAGAUCUGAGGCUCUGAAGAAUAUAUAUGAAUACAUUGAAAAUUGUCCGGCUCGAGAGUUUCUCGUUCGAUGCUCAUACAUUGAGCUCUACAACGAGAAACUGGUGGAUCUUCUGGCAGACGAACAGGCUGAUAAUAAAGAGCUGAAGAUCCGAGAGGAUCCCGACAAAAAUGUAUACAUUGACAAUCUUGUUGAAGACGUGAUUGUUACCCUCGAUGACUCUGAACGCGUUUUAAACAAAGGCAACGAAAAGCGGACUUUUGCCGAGACCAGACAGAAUGAUCGCUCUUCCCGUGCCCACUGCAUCUUUAGAGUGGUGAUAGAAAGCAGAGAGAGAGACGAUCCAAAUCGCUCGGGAGUGUUUGUGUCUCAUUUGAAUCUGGUGGACUUGGCCGGCAGUGAGAGGGCGGGGGAAAACAUUGGCGACCGCAGAAGAGAGGGCUGUUCUAUCAAUACCUCUCUUCUGUGGCUUAGCCAAGUUAUAAAACAGCUCUCUUUGGGACAAAGCAAUCAGUUGAUAAAUUUUAGAAACAGCAAGCUAACAAGAUUGCUCCAGAAUGCACUUGGAGGGAACUCCCAGACAGGCGUUCUCUGCACAGUGAACCCCACUGCAGUAGAAGAAACGCACUCUACUCUGAAGUUUGCCGAGAAUGCAAAAAAAGUGAUCAACAAGCCACAGCAGAAUGAGGUGCUGACUGACCGGGCCAUGCUGAAGAAAAAACAAGACGAAAUUAACAAACUCAAGAAAACUAUUAGACAGACUUCACGCUGCCAAGAAUCCCGGUGUUUCCGCCACCACUACCUGACACACCCAUCAACAGCAAACCACCAGUAAAGACGCCGAGUCCUUCAUUGGGUUCAUUGACAGACCUGUCGGUUCCACACAGCUUGGAGUCAGCGUGCGAGUUACAUGACUGUCCUUGUCAAGAACUGUCCUUCUCUGACUUCGAGAAGCAGUUUGUGGACCAGAGGAUUCUUGACAGUUACCAUGACAAGGUCAGAAAAUUAAAACAGCAGAAUUUGGCUCUGACCAAAAAACUCAGAGAAUUUGUCGCAAACAAAUUUGUCACUCGGAGAGGAGAGACAACGGAGCUUGCGGAUGUGUCUCUGGAUCCCAACUUUUCCUCACCAUUCAGAGAACUGGACAACAGUAUUCUGAUUCCUUCAGCUGCAAGUACAAGCCUGAUUAAUCCUCGUCAGGGAGGAUUGUUAAGUCAGACAAUCAUGGAGGAGGAGGAAGAGGAAGAGAUAACAUUGCAGAGGAGCUUUGGUGGUUUGGUGGAUGAAUAUGAGAGGAGGAUGAAGGAGAAAAACGGAGAGUUGGAGAUACUGAAAGAACAACUGGAGGAUGUGUUGGCGAGUGUGAAGGAAGAGGAAAGAAAGAAUGAAAAGUAUAGACAGAGCGAGGCAGCAGAAUACAAAGAGAGACAGAGAGAAACAAAGGAAAUAUUUAGGGAAGAAUAUGAGAGGAUGGUGAAGGAGAAAGACGGAGAGAUGGCGAUACUGAAAGAACAACUUGAGGAAGUGUUGGCAAGUGUGAAGGGAGAAGACAGAAAUAAUGAAAAGGACGAACAGAGCCAGGCACAGAUACACAAGGAGGCACUGAGAGAAACAGAGGAACGACUUAGGGAAGAAUAUGAGAUGAGGUUGAUAGAGAAAGAAAGAGAGAUGGUGACUCUGAAAGAGCAACUUGAGGAUGUGUUAACAAGUGUGAAGAGAGAAGAUAGAGAGAAGGAGCAGGAUAAACAGACUGAGACAGAAAAGUACAAGGAUGCUGAGGAGAGACAAAGUGAAAGAGAAGAGAAGUUAAAGGAAGAGUAUGAAAUCAGACUACAGGAGAAAGAUGGAGAGAUGGAGAAACUGAGGACUCAAAUUGAAGUGAUGUUAGUCAAGGAGAAGAAACCAGACAGACCGACUGAGUCAGAUGAAUACUCGGAGAGACAGAGAGAAGCAAAGGAGAGAUUUUGGGAAGAAUAUAAGGGGAUGGUAACGGAGAAAGACAGAGAGGUGGCGAUGCUGAAAGAACAACUGGAGGAUUUGUUGGGGAGUGUGAAGGAAGAGGAAAGAAAGAAUGAAAAGUAUAGACAGAGCGAGGCAGCAGAGUACAAAGAGAGUCAGAGAGAAACAAAGGAAAUAUUUAGGGAAGAAUAUGAGAGGAUGGUGAAGGAGAAAGACGGAGAGAUGGCGAUACUGAAAGAACAACUUGAGGAAGUGUUGGCAAGUGUGAAGGGAGAAGACAGAAAUAAUGAAAAGGACGAACAGAGCCAGGCACAGAUACACAAGGAGGUACUGAGAGAAACAGAGGAACGACUUAGGGAAGAAUAUGAGAUGAGGUUGAUAGAGAAAGAAAGAGAGAUGGUGACUCUGAAAGAGCAACUUGAGGUUGUGUUAGCGAGUGUGAAGAGAGAGGAUAGAGAGGAGCAGGAUAAACAGACUGAGACCGAAAAGUACAAGGAUGCUGAGGAGAGGCAAAGUGAAAGAGAUGAGAAGUUGAAGGAAGAGUAUGAAAUCAGACUACAGGAGAAAGAUGGAGAGAUGGAGAAACUGAGGACUCAAAUUGAAGUGAUGUUAGUCACGGAGAAGAAACCAGACAGACUGACUGAGUCGGAUGAAUACCCGGAGAGACAGAGAGAAGCAGAGGAAAGAUUUUGGGAAGAAUAUAAGGGGAUGGUAACAGAAAAAGACAGAGAGGUGGCGAUGCUGAAAGAACAACUCGAAGAUGUGUUGGCGAGUCUGAAGGGAGAGGAUAGAAAGAAUGAAAAAGAUGGACAGUGUGGGGCAAAGAAAUUCAAGGAGAUACAGAGAGGAAUAGAGGAUGAAUAUGAAGCGAGGUUGAUGGAGAAAGACAAAGAGGUGGAGACGCUGAAAGAAAAACUUGAAGAUGUUUUAGCUUAUGUGAAGGAAGUGGAUAGAAAGAAUGAAAAGGACGGACAGAGCGAGACAGAGGUUGAGGAGAGCCAAAGAGAAAGAGAGGAGAAGUUAAAGGAAGAGUAUGAAAUCAGACUGCAAGAAAAAGAUGGAGAGAUGGAGAUGCUGAGGACCCAAAUUGAAGUGAUGUUACUCAAUGAUGGACAAGGCGGGAUGGAGAGGUACGAGAUACAGGGAGAAACAGAGGAAAGAAUUGUGGAAGAAUAUGAGACGAGGUUGAUGGAGAAAAACAGAGAGAUAGUGACACUCAGUCAGCAACUUGAGGAUGUGUUAUCAAGUGUGAAGGAAGAGGAUAGAAAGAAUAAAAAGGAUAGACAGAGCGAGGCAGAGGAGAGACAAAGUGAAAGAGAAGAGAGGUUAAAGGAAGAGUGUGAAAUCAUGCUAUGGGAAAAAGACGAAAAAGACGGAGAGAUGGAGAAACUGAGAAAGCAAAUUGAAGUGAUGCUAGCCCAGGAUAAGGAACGUGAUGGACAGAGUGAGGGAGAGAAAUACAAGGAGACACAGAGAGAAACAGAGGAAAGAUUAAGGGAUGAAUAUGAGGCGAGAUUGUUGGAAAAAGACAGAGAGAUGGCCGCACUGAAAGAACAAUUUGACAACGUCUUAGCAAGUGUGAAGGGUGAGGAUAGAAAGAAUGAAAUGGAUGGACAGAGUGACGCAAAAGAGAGACAAACUGAAAGAGAGGAGAAGUUGAAGGAAAAAUAUGAAAUCAGAUUACAAGAGAAAGACGGAGAGAUGGAGAAACUAAGAAAGCAAAUUGAAGUGAUGUUAGCCGAGGAACAGGAUGGACAGAGCGAAGGAGAGAAAUAUAGUGAGAGACAGAGAGAAACAGAAGAAAGAUUUAAGGAAGAAUAUGAAAUGAUGGUAAUGGAGAAAGACAGAGAGAUGGCGAUGCUGAAAGAACAAUAUGAGGAUGUGUUAGCAAGUAUGAAAGAAGAGUAUAGAAAGAAUACAAAUGAUGGACAGAACGAGACAGAUAAGGAGGCUAAAGAGAGGUUAAAUGAAAGAGAGGAGAAGUUAAAGGAAGAAUAUGAAAUCAUGCUACAAGAGAAUGAUAGAGAGAUGGAGAAACUGAGAAAUCAAAUUGAAGUGAUGUUAGCCAUGGAGAAGGAAUGGGAUGGACAGAGUGAGGAAGAGAAAUACAAACAUAUACUCAGAAAAACAGAGGAAGAAUAUAAGAUGAGGUUAAUGUGGAAAGACAGAGAGAUGGUGACACUGAAAGAACAACUUGAGGAUGUGCUGGCAAGUGUAAAGGGAGAGGAUAGAAAGAAUGAAAAUGAUGGACAGAACGAGACGGACAAGGAGGCUGAGGAGAGGAGAAGUGAAAGAGAGAAGUUAAAGGAAGAGUGUGAAAUCAGGCUACAAGAUAAUGAUAGAGAGAUGGAGAAACUGAGGAGGCAAAUUGAAGUGACGUUAGCCCAGGAUAAGGAACGGGAUGGAGAGUGCAAAGGAAAGAAAUGCAUGGAAAGGCUGAGAGAAACAGAGGAAAGAUUCAGGGUAGAAUAUGAGAUGAGGUUAAAGGAGAAAGACAGAGAGUUAGAGAUACUAAAGGACAAAUUUGAGGCUAAGCUCAUAAGUGAAGAGAGAAAGAGAGAAGAGGAUGGACAGAAAGUACAUGAGUAUGGGGAGGAAGAACAGGAAGAAAAGCUGAGGGCUGAGAGUGAGAGAGCACUGAAAGCAAAAGAGGAGGAAAUAACUUCACUAAAGGAGCAGCUUGAUAGAGCUUUAUCUGGAAUAUGGGAGGAGAGACAGAUGGAGGAAGAUAGAAGAGAGAUGAUGGAGGAAGAAUAUAAGGAGAUUGGAAAAAAGCAGAGAGAAAGCUUUGAAGAGCUACUUGAUAUGAAAGACGGUGAUCUAAAAUCGCUUCGGGAACAGCUUACAAUGGCUAUAGCUCGCAGGGAUGAGGAGAGAAAGAUUGGUGAACAAGAAAGAGAAAUGUUGGCGACAGAAUUGGAGAGGAAUGGAGAAAAGCUGAAAGCAGAAUUUAAAGAGAUGCUUAUGGUGAAAGACAGUGAAAUAGAUUCACUUAAAGAACAGCUUGCAACAGCUUUAUCCAGUCAGAAGCAGGACAGAGAGAUGAGAGGAAAAGGAAAAGAAAUAAUGAAGAACCAACCCUGUCAAGCUACUGCCCCAGGACAAAAUACGUCCACUCAGACAGAGACGUCGCUCAGCGAGUAUGAAAUAGAUAUGUAUAGACUCAAGCUUCAGCUCCAGCGAGAAAUGUGCAACAGGGAUGUGGCCAAAGAUAACGAACAGGCUGCGCUGAUGGAGAAGAAAGCAAUAGAAGAUGCCCACUCCGCCUUGCUAGCGGAGAAAAGGCAGAUGGAGGAGGAACUUAAGAGUGCAAGAGCCACGGUCAAGGCCUCGAGCAGCCAAGCCGAAAGGCUGGCUGCAGAAAUGGAAAAAUUGCAUGAAAAACAUUUCGACGAUAUGAGCGCCUCAGACCUGAAAGUGAUGAGGCUGAAGGAACAGCUGAAGGAGGCCAGGGCUGAGGCCAAUGUCCUCGACUCUUCCUGAACAAGUAGCGGCGUUAACAAUAAAACUCCACUUACUGUCUACGGAGAAAGUGAAGCUGGAGCACCUCCUGAAAAAUGCUGAUGACGCUACCACGAGCGCCCAGUCCCUGCUCUCUGCAGAAAGUGCUGUGAACUUUACCUUGAGAAAUACUAUCAGCGGGCUGGAAUGGAAGUUGAAUGUGCCAGAUGACGCUGAACCAGAGCCGGAAGUCCUUCGUCUGGAGGGUGAGACUCGCCGGCUACGCAGAGAGGUUGCGCUGAGAGACAAAGAGCGAGACGAGCUCAAGAAACAGAUGCACCACCUGGGCACUCGCUACAGGCUCUUUGUGGAGAAAUACCGUGAAAGGGAGGACACUUGGUGCUCGCAGGAGCACCGGGUUGUUGAGCUGGAAAGCAAACUGGAGGAGGCGUCGAAGAAAACCGAGGUGGAUCCCGAGCAAGAACAAGCAUCUGUAUCCUCGGAAGGCCAGCGGGCCCGCUCUGUCUCCCUCACUGAGAGGCAAGUGUCCGUCUCCCCCACCAGGCAACGGGCAGCUCAAAGAGCGCAUGGAGGUGGUAAUGGUCGGGAUUGUAGGAGUAGGAGUUCAAGUCCUGCCAUGGAAACAGCUGGAAGAAAAGACAGUGACCACAUAAAAAUGGAACCGGAGACAAGCCACCAACUGUCUGGGACAAGACCAGGGUCUGCCACGGAGUCUGUCAUCUAUAAGACCACGGAGGUACAGACUGAGCCAAUGAGAUCUGGUGGCUUCUCAGAGUAUUUUGUCAUCAUCUCCAAAGACCGGCAAAUAAAAGAACUCAAGAAGAGUGUGGCUAAUCUUGAGACACAGCUGAAGCAGCACGGAGUACCUCUCCCUAAAAAAAGAAACACAGCCUCCGUGGUGCCAUUAACACGCUCGGCAAAGGAGAACAAGGAGGAAAACUAGGAAACACAGAGAGAUCACCUCUUCCUAAAUCCAUUUAACUCUUUUGAUCCUGGCUGUACCUCUUCGGACUCUGUACUCUUCCUGGGGCUGCUGCGCCAUAU